CCUUGUUCCAAUACGUAAGAAAAAUAUGGUUAGAUUUGUUUGGCAGCCGAAAUUAUCUUAAAAUGGCACAUGUAUUAGGAGCAGCGGUAAUGUGGCCGGCGGGUAACAAGUGUAUAGGAUUAAGUUCAAAAGUAGAGUCAAUAGUAUUAUCAAUCCCCCCAAAUGCAGUACGAAGAAAGAUGGAUCCAAGGUGGAGAGGAGGUUUCAGUCUUGGUGUGGAUUUGGGCCUUGCUCGAACUGGGCUUGCCCUCAGUAAAGGCUUCAAUUUUCGACCCUUAACGGUAUUGGAGUUGAGAGGACAGAAACUUGAGCUUCGAAUUAUUGAUAUUGCCCUAAAACAGGAAGUGGAUGAGUUUAUAAUUGGACUGCCUUUGUCAAGUGAUGGAAAGGAAACUCCACAAUCUAACAAAGUUAGAAGUGUUGCUGGUAGGCUUGCUGUUCGAGCUGCUGAGAGGGGCUGGAGAGUAUAUCUGCAGGAAGAGUAUGGGACAACAAUUGAGGCCAUGAGCUACAUGGUUGAUAGGGGCCUCGGAAAAUCUGCUCGUGAAGGGAAACAGGACGCCUAUGCUGCUGCUAUGGUGCUUGAGAGAUACUUUUUAGAGUCAGGUCAAAGAAUCGAGCUAGUGUUACCCAAGCAGUUGGAUCUGCAGGAGAGGCUCAAGAAGGGAUGUUCCAAGGAUGCUGAUUAUUUUACGGAUGAAUCUGAUUAGUUGAUAAUUUGCAACCCUUUCAGGAACCCCCAAGGAUACUGAUUAUUCCAAGGAUGCUGAUUAUUUUACAGAUGAAUUUGAUUAGUUGAUAAUUUGCAACCCUUUCAGGAACCCCCAACAACUUCCUAGUUGUAGGAAAGAAGGUUGAAUGGAUCAUUACAGUGAUUGUGAUAGCUCUAAGCCACUUGAAUAGUACUUACCCUGUUAUAUAUUUUAAAAAUAUCUUGCUCCUGUAUAUAAUGUUCGAGAGAAGAGCAUUCAUGUGUCUUUGUUCGAGCAAAAUAGGUGUAAGUGUAAAGACAUGAGUUGUGCUCAAACAAUAAGAUAAAACAAUUUCAUUGUAA